AUGAGCUGUGGGUAAAAAUUAUGGGGUACUAGAAAAGAGAGCAGAAGCCCAGCCCUGGAAAUGGAGAGAAAAAGGUAGGGGGGGUGUGAGACAGAGAGAGGGAGAAAGAGAGAGAGAUUAUACAGUGUAAAAUCCAGAGGAACUAAGCUUAGUAGUAGUGCAGUGUACAGAUCAGCCAGGCUCCUUCACCACCGGGGAACAACCGCUUUUUGUGCUCCCCUGGCUGCAGUGGGGGGAGUGCAUUUACCGUCGCGCCCAAGGGGAGAAGCCAAGAAGUAUCCUCCAAUCAGCCGUUAGUGAUUUCUCUCAUCUUGUGAGGCUGCUGAUGGUGAUUUAUCACUGACCUGAGACAAGGCGCUGCACUCAGCUCAGCAGUGUAGCCACCUGGAAUACUCACCAUGGUUUUUAUUUCUUUUCUUAAGCACAAAUACCCUCUUGUGGAUAUUUCCAGGAGAAUGACCAGAGGACAAAAGGAGGAUUAAAAUGGACUUACAGACUGCCAUUCUUGAAUUUCCUUCUUUUUCUCCCUUCUGCAGACUAAAGAUGGACUAACUUUUGCGGGGUGAAUUUGCGCCACAUGAGGACAUCUUUUUAUACUCAGUGCUUUAAUAGAAGGAUAGAGGCAUUUGAAUCUGAAUUAUUUGUAAUUUCAUUCCAUAUUUUAUUCUAAAAAGCAUGGCAAGAAGGGGAUCCUCCUCGACACUCUCGCUGUAAUAAUCAUGUAAGGCUGAUACUCAAUUAGACAGAGGUAUAUGGUGAAGCACAGGAGAUGGAGAUGGUGAAAGAGGAUGAGAGUUGAAGCACACCUGCCUGCUGAGCAUGUCUGACACCCUCACUGUGUCUUGACUAGCACCUGCCUCGACUAUCAGGUUGUCUUUUAACAAGUUAUCAUGCUUCUCACUGAGGUGGCAUGAGUAGGGAUAGGCUUGUGUGUGUGUGUGUGUGUGUUUGUGUGUAUGAAAGUGAUAGUAUGUGAUAUGAGUGUGUUUGUGUGUGGUUUAUGUUCGAAGCCAGAGUUUAGGAUUACACUGCCUCUGGAAAAGGAUACAGGUGUAGUGGAGCCUUGAAUGAGGAUUAGCAGCUCUAACACUUUGUCGCUGGCAGGCACACAGAGCGAUGGACGUUUCAGACAAGAGUCUCAAGCUACGGCCGUGCUGACAGUUAUCAGCUGAAGGAUUCAAGAUAAAGGUAUAACCAACAUGAUGAGACUCAGAGGGAAAUCACAGAGACAGGGAGACAGUGACACAGUAGAGGACGUUAUAUUGAGAUUCUAUUGAGAUAUUGAGACUGAGGCUGAUCACAGAGCGAGUGGGAGUUUCAUAUCAAUAGGACAAUUAAAACAUGAAGAGAAUGUGCUGAGAGUCAGUAAAUAUGCAGAGCACAUUUACAGGUUUAUAUAUAUAAAAAACUUGCCAUCAUAAAUUACAUUACUGGCUAUAAAAAAGCAAACAUUGAUAUUACUUUUGAUAAACAAUCUUGAUUUACCCCGAUUACCUGACAAGCACAAAAUCCAAUAGAUCCAUGAUUUGGUUUGAUAUUGAUUUCUCUGCAAGGUCAGGAUAGAGUCCUGUCUGAUCUCUGCUUAAGAGGUCACUAAUUUAAUUAUAAUCCAUCAUUCGGUCUCACCCUGGAGUAGUCAGACGGAGUGCUGAGUAUGUCAUUGCUUAGAGAAUCAAUAGUCUAAUAGUUGCAUUAAGAUCUAACAACAGAUGAACUCCUGCUGCUGUCUGCAAUAACAACCUAUGGAAGUGACAUGCCUUUUAAUAUUUGGAGAGGCUGUAUGAUACGUGACUUGAUGGCGGUUCUGCUGACAGUUACAGGAAGUUUGACAGGUUGUGUGUGUAGUAAGGCUUGUUGUUGAAAGGAGCAUGUGAUGUCGCCCGUCUUGAUGUGUUUGCAGGUGUUUUUUGGGUUUGUGUCCCUGGCACACAGCUUAUCUCAGCUGCACAGCAAGGGCUUAUAGAUCCUAUACCUAAUGGUGUAAUGGGCACCACGUUGCACCACCCAACCUGUCCCACUUCCCCACUCGGCAAGUUAAAUUAGGAAAUACUUUUAACAAUGCGUUGAUCCUGAAGUGGAGGGCGAGAGCAGGUGACGAGAGUCCUGACAGGGCUUCCUGGAGGAGAAGUUAUCUCAGCGAACACACUCAGAAAUCCUUCAGCGAUCGUAGAAAAGCAGAGCUCAGUAGGUGGGAAGCUCAUGUGGGAGUGAAGAAAGCAGGAGUGAAAAGAGGACUGAGGCAAGUUCUUUGAGAGCUGCAUUGUUUGCAGCUAACUUAUUCAAAGGGCAUCGCUGAAAGUGUGCUGUUUGGAGGUUUAGUGCUGUGAGUAAAACACUCAGGAACAGCGUUGGGGAGUACAGCGAGACUUCUGCCGGGAAAAAACCUGCUCUACCCUGCAGUUUUCAACAUAAGAGAACAAAACAAGGCCGGGCACAGCAAGUAUACUGUUUAAUCCUUUUUGACAAGUCACCAGAUAAACACUGAUUUGUCUGAAACAACUGCCUAAUCUUUUUAAUGACACAAGCACAAGCCAGCAGGACUCUUACAGCACAUCUUUUCUCUAGAUCCAGUUGGCAGUUCUUCCUGUUAUCCAACAGUCCAAAGAUGAGACUGAGGUGAAACUGGAUGAUGCACAACAGCACAUGAACUUCAACAAGCACAAUUCUUUGCCUGCAAUGGAGACAGAAACAAACAGGUGGGCUUGCAGCUCUGAAAUUAUCUCCACUUUUAAAUGUGCUCUGGAUUAUAACACUUGAAUUGUGAAGAAGGAGAAGAAGAAGAAGAAGAAGAAGAAGAAGAAGAAGAAGAAGAAGAGAGGAAGAGUGACACAGCCAAUUAAACAGUGUAUCCGUCGCUGGCAGGGAUGUGUUGUGUGUUACUCUAAGGAAGAGAAGUGUAAUAUACCACAACCCCCGCGAAUGAGGGUGGGGCUCUCCCACUGCCACAGACAAAGACCCUGAUAGAGAGAGUCCUGCUGUGAGAACUGGUCAUCUGGAGCAGUACUUUGGACCAGCACGGCCCACCACCGUGUCAAAAAUCACAAUGGGGUGCAACAUGUGUGUUGUCCAAAAGCCUGAGGAACAAUACAGGGUCAUGUUCCAGGUGAAUGGGAAGGAGCUGUCCCGCCUUUCCGGGGAUCCCACCCUGGACAUACGGGACCCCGUGCUGUCCAACAUACUGAGGCGGGGGUCCCGCAGACGGGCGGGCCUAGCAGGGGCUCCUGGAGGAUUAGUGCCAGUGACCAUGGGCAUGGCCGACUGUGUAGACAGCUGCACCCAAACAGACAUCAGCUUCCAGCAUAUGUUGACUCUGGGUAAGAGCAGCCAGCAUCCCUGUGGAGCUCCACCCCCGCCCGACCCUCCGCCAUCCCCUCCACUACCACCGCUACUGGAGCCAUAUCUACUCAAUGAACUCUUUAUAGAGCCUGUAUACUAUGACCCCACUGACUACUUCGAUAUCACUCAGCAUGAAGUGGACAGGCAGGAUGAGCUGGAGUAUGAGGAGGUGGAGUUGUACAAGUCUCGUCAGCAGGAUAAACUCGGGCUGACAGUGUGUUACAGAACCGAUGAUGAGGAGGACCUGGGAAUAUAUGUAGGAGAGGUGAACCCAAACAGUAUUGCUGCAAUAGAUGGCCGCAUCCGCAAGGGAGACAGAAUACUACAGAUAAAUGGAGUGGACAUCCAGGACAGAGAGGAGGCGGUAGCUAUUCUCACCAGAGAGGACAGCACUAAUGUCUCCCUGCUCCUUGCACGGCCCGAGAUAGAGAAUGACAACCAGCUGGAUCCAGAUGAGCUGGACCUGGAGCCACUGGACAACGCUGUCCAUCUGCCUAACAGCCACAGAGUGAGGAACAGUGCCUCAUUCCUGGGUGCUGGACCUGGCAGUGUCGCCAGUGGAGGUGCACUAGGCUGUCAUGGUCGCUCAAUGAGCCGGGACUCACCUGAUUUGCUCCAGACAGUACUGAGCAACAGCCAGGAGCUGGACAGUGGGGUGGGCCGGACAGAUGAAAGCACGCGCUAUGAAGAGUCAUCAGAACAUGACCUCCUGGGAGACGACCACACUAGUGCCUCCAAUACAAACGCCACCAAUACACCUGGCAGCAUGCGCAAGUUUUUGUCUGGUAGAGGGGACACUCCACCCUUGCUGCACUCCCAGGACCUCCAGUUCAGUACUGACUCCCUCUAUGGGCUGGACUGUGUUAAUGGGGGAGGGCUGGAACAGAUGGAGCGACUGGAGAGGGCCUACAUGGCAGAUCCUGUGAGGAUGAUGAUGCCUGGGCUGACCGAGGAGGAGUGUGAGAGGUACAAAGAGCUCCUGGAAAUCAAGUGUUACUAUGAGAAGAACAGUAACGGUCUGCUGCUACUGGGAGGCCAGGGGCCAGCACAAGAGGAAGGGGGUGUCCCACUGGAUGUGAAUAGGAAUGAGAGCCUGACGCAGCAUGAGAUGGCCCUUCUGGAGGAGGAAUUGCGCCACUUGGAGUUCAAGUGCCGUAACAUACUGAGGGCGCAGAAGAUGCAACAGCUGAGGGAGCGUUGUCUGAAGGCUUGGCCUCUAGAGGACAAGAACGGAGCAAGUGCAGGAGCUGGAGUUGGAGCUGGACGCUUGGACAUUAGUGGUACUUUGGUCAGUGAGGAGUCCUGUCACCACGCUCUGUCAGAUAUCAAUGAGCUUCCAGAGAGGGAGCGCUCAGAUAAAGACAGUACGAGUGCCUACAACACUGGAGGUGAAAGUUGCAGAAGCACGCCUUUGGUCAAUGAACAGUAUCCCUCACCCUCUACACAGAGUCUGGAGGGAGGAGAGUCUCUGUGUUCAGCAGGUAUGCAGCUUCCAACUUCCACUAGGCAGAGAGAGAGAGGACCCCGGGCCGAAAGAGGGGAUGGGGUACAAGAAAACUUAAACCAACCCUACUCUCACACUCACAGAAAAGCAGCCGAGGCAAAGACAUCCAGCCCUGGAGCUAAAGUUAGGUCCCUGUCCCGGGAUGGAGGAACCAGGAGGGGCUCAGAUGGAGGGAUGAGACGUAACCCCAAAGCCAAUGGGACAGCGGAGCGGUCUGGUGGACGCAGUGCAGAAAACAGCCCUUACCUGUCCCGUCGUCAAACUGACACAAAGCCGCCUCAUCGCUACCUGAGCUGCAUGCAGCUGAGAUCUCCCUCCACCUCUGAGCAGCUUGGUGGUCUCAGAGAGACUCCCAGAGAGGGCAGCACGGAGCCUGGAGGCGACGCCAGCCCGAUGAGCUUGGGAAGUACAUGUAAAGAUGUUACCCAGGCCCCAGGUGCGUUACCCUUACCCGUCUCACUGCUGCCUGCCUCCCCUCGUAUGGAGUGGAAGGUGAAGAUCCGCAGUGACGGCUCACGCUACGUGGCCAAACGGCCCGUGAGGGAUCGCCUCCUGAAGGCGCGUGCCAUGAAGAUCAGAGAAGAGCGCAGUGGCAUGACAACAGAUGAUGAUGCUGUGAGUGAAAUGAAGAUGGGCCGUUACUGGAGCAAAGAAGAGCGCAAGCAGCAGCUGCUGAAGGCUCGCGAGCAGCGGCGGCGCAGGGAGUUCAUGAUGCAGAGCCGUCUCGACUGUCUGAGAGAGCGCGAGAAGGACCAGGGCAGCAGCAGUGGCGGUGGUGGUGGUGGAGGACAGCAGGGGAUGACACACCAGCAAGAAUCCACCUCCAUCCUGGAGCUUUGCCACCGCAGGAGCAUGAAGAAGCGCAGUCGCAGAAUCCUGGAUAACUGGAUCACUAUACAGGAGCUACUGGCUCAUGGGACCAGGUCUGCUGAUGGGAAGAAAGUCUAUAACCCUCUGCUAUCUGUCACCACAGUCUGAGAUAAAAUGGGAGGGAGAGAGGCAGAGAGUUAGGCAGAGAUAAGAAAGUGCCAAAAUGUCUUGAUAGAGCCUAUUAGAUGAACAGUUUCCUUCAGUACACCUUGGCACAAAUAUUGGUCUGCAGGGAUGCAGCAACACAAAGCCCAUGGAAAUUUAAAGUAGCAUACAUUGUGCCCAAGCCUGAAAUGUUUAGAUUGAAGAAAAGCUUAUGACUGAGGUUGCCAGGGUUUGUGUCCAGUAACAGUCAGUGCAAUACAAUUUUGUCACAUUGAAGAUGCAUUCCAUAAUCCCAAACUCAGAUUUACAAAAGUCAUAAAUUUCAGAAAUAUACCACAGUACAUUUGAAAUACAGCACAUUCCUCUUAAAAUUUGUGUGGUUGAUUGGAUCUAAACGAGUCAGGAUGACUCUUUCCAUCUAUUUUCAUGACGCUUUUCCUCUCACAUGUAAACAACAUUAGCAUUUUGGAAACAAUAACACAUUGAGAGGGAGUACGGUUACAAAAGUGCAGCAAAUAUGUCACCAUUUGUGAUCUGUCUUCUUACAGAUGCUGUGAGAAAUUGCACCACCUGCUGUUAAACCCUUAGUGAAAUGGUGCACAACUGAAAAGUUGUCUUUGCAGGCCUCCAUUACAUUUUUGUGAAUGACAGAACUGAGGAAAAUUAAAAGUGGGGCUAAAAAACAUGGAGCUGUGAAAACACUAUGGGAAAAAGCCACUUCUGUGCCAUAAAACUGUAUAUUUAGUGUCCAUAAAGGACUUUUGAGUAUGGACAUUUUCAAAGCAACAUUAUGUGCCAGUUUAUGUAGUUACUACAUUUCCUUCAUUCUUAUUGCGCUCAUGUACAAAUGCUCCUUUGUUUUGCCAUAGGAAAUGCAACAUCAUUGUCAGACCACAGAGGCUUUUUGACAAUGAGGAGCUGAGCGGUGCCUUCCUCUCAGGCAGACUUGACUGUUUAGCACAAUUUUCAAAGCGUUACAAAAACACUGAGAUACUGUAGCUAAGAGAGCAAACACUGAAGCACGGAGUAACUGAGGGGCUUUCUGUUUUUCUUUUUGAAACUAAGGCACAUCGUAUCAUACAGAGCACAGAAAACAUUGGAUAUUGUUUCAAGGGACAAAAUAUCAAAUCCUUUUUCUUCACUUGUCAGUUAGAAAUUUCCGUUUUUUCAGACCAAUGAGUUUUGGUCAGUAUGCAAUAUAACUGAUUUCGGUGUUGACUGUGAACAAGGCUAUUUCACUGCAAAUAAAGAUUAUUCUUAGCUGAACAAAAAAUAUUUAAUUUGGCCUGAAGCUACAUUAAAUGUGGAUUUUUCUAUACAUUUCCCGUCAUUCCCAAACUUGAUUCAGAGGUUUUUUCGCCUUUUACUUCAGUCAUAGAACAAGCCACUGGACAAUUAUCCAGCAAGUAGCUAGAAUGACAAUAAUAGCCAAGAAUGGGGUGACUGAUUUAUAAACAAAAACUGACUUUUCAUUUGGCUUACAUGCAUGUUUUGAUAUUGAGGCCAAUUGUUUUUCUCCAUGUUCUUACAGACUAAAAAGCCUUUACCAUACUGUAAUUGUGGAUGUCUUUCUAUGAAUCUGCUCAUAGCAUAGAGAAAAAAAAACAUGGUGUACUUGUUUGUUCAAUAUUGUGAUGUCCAGUGUCUGCCAUUUUACAGUGAAAGCUUUUCUAAAUAAACGCUGUGAUCAUGAAAAGA